AACAAUAUGGCGGAUGGCGAGGAGCCGGAGAAGAAAAGAAGGAGAAUAGAGGAGCUGCUGGCUGAGAAGUUAGUGCUGCCGGGAGGCCGGGGCUCUCUCCGGGGACCCCCGCCUCCCCGACCCCAGGCAAUGGCUGUUGAUGGUGGGUGUGGGGACACUGGAGACUGGGAAGGUCGCUGGAACCAUGUAAAGAAGUUCCUCGAGCGAUCUGGACCCUUCACACACCCUGAUUUCGAACCAAGCACUGAAUCUCUCCAGUUUUUGUUAGAUACAUGUAAAGUUCUAGUGAUUGGAGCUGGCGGCCUAGGAUGUGAGCUCCUGAAAAAUCUGGCAUUGUCUGGUUUUAGACAAAUUCAUGUUAUAGACAUGGACACUAUAGAUGUUUCCAAUCUAAAUAGGCAGUUUUUAUUUAGGCCUAAAGAUGUUGGAAGACCUAAGGCUGAAGUUGCCGCAGAAUUUCUAAAUGACAGAGUUCCUGAUUGCAAUGUGGUUCCACAUUUCAACAAGAUUCAGGAUUUUAAUGAUACUUUCUAUCGACAAUUUCAUAUAAUUGUAUGUGGACUAGACUCUAUCAUAGCCAGAAGAUGGAUAAAUGGCAUGCUGAUAUCUCUUCUGAAUUAUGAAGAUGGCGUAUUAGAUCCAAGCUCCAUUGUCCCUUUGAUAGAUGGAGGGACAGAAGGUUUUAAAGGAAAUGCUCGGGUGAUUCUGCCUGGAAUGACUGCUUGUAUUGAGUGCACACUGGAACUGUAUCCACCACAGGUUAAUUUUCCCAUGUGCACCAUUGCAUCUAUGCCCAGGCUACCAGAACACUGUAUUGAGUAUGUAAGGAUAUUGCAGUGGCCUAAGGAACAGCCUUUUGGAGAAGGCAUUCCAUUAGAUGGAGAUGAUCCUGAUCAUAUUCAAUGGAUUUUCCAAAAAUCCCUAGAGCGAGCAUCACAAUAUAAUAUUAGGGGUGUUACGUAUAGACUCACUCAAGGGGUUGUAAAACGAAUCAUUCCUGCAGUAGCUUCUACAAAUGCAGUCAUUGCAGCCGUGUGUGCCACUGAGGUUUUUAAAAUAGCCACAAGUGCAUAUAUUCCCCUUAAUAAUUACUUGGUAUUCAAUGAUGUAGAUGGACUGUACACAUACACGUUUGAAGCAGAGAGAAAGGAAAACUGCCCAGCUUGUAGCCAGCUUCCUCAAAAUAUUCAGUUUUCUCCAUCAGCUAAAUUGCAGGAGGUUUUGGAUUAUCUAACCAAUAGUGCUUCUCUGCAGAUGAAAUCUCCAGCUAUCACAGCAACGUUAGAGGGAAAAAAUAGAACACUUUACUUACAGUCAGUAACCUCUAUUGAAGAACGAACAAGGCCAAAUCUCUCCAAGACAUUGAAAGAGUUGGGACUUGUUGAUGGGCAAGAACUGGCAGUUGCUGAUGUGACCACACCACAGACUGUACUGUUCAAACUUCAUUUUACUUCUUAAGGAAAAGAAAUCUGCACAUAAUAGAAAACUCAUGGAAAUACUAUACUUCGUGGAAGUUAAGAAAUCCAAUCGAUGUCCUUUUUAGCAUUAGUGUUGCUGGAAUUUGACUUUUUCUUAAAUACAAUGAGCCACUCUUUUUUAGCUUUAUAACUUUUCCUUGAAGACAGAAUUCUGGGGCUGGUGCUUGUAAGCAUUUUCAUUAAUGGCAUGGGAAAUGAUGCCUGGAGAGAGAGCUUAUGAGCAAGUACACUGCAUCUUUUAUAGGAGGGAGCAAACAUCCUUUUGUGUGUGGUCAAAAUUUUGUUAAAUAUGGUCAAAGAAUGCAUUCCUUGGUUUUCACUUGAGCACCCACAUAUACAAAACAUGUCCUCUUAAAAAAAAUAAGAAAAUUAAGUUUUAAAUUACAUUAAAUAUUACAACCUACAUCUAGAGCAUAGGACAUAGCUUGACAUUGAACAUAACCUACUUCUCGUUUUAAUAUUCAUUUAAUUGUGGCUGUCCAAAUAAUAUUAAUUAUUGCAAAGGUUACCUGGUCCAUAAUAAUUUGUAAAAGGUGUAAUAGCUGAAUACCUGUGCAUGGAAAUGGGAACUAUUUUCAUGUGUUUACUUGCAGUGCCAUAGAGGCCAAUAUGCACAUUACAGCCAAAACAUGGAUGUUUAAAAGAAUUUAAUGUUUAAACAGUUAUCACUGAUGCUUUCACACUAUUUAUUAAUAAAAUCAUAUAUUGUCUACUUCUCUCACUGAAAAUGUAUAUUAAGGAUAGUAAGUAGUUCUGUAGUAGGAAUAAUUUUUAAACAUACAGCAGAAUUACUAAUCCAAAAAUAUUUACAGCACCUAAAUUAAUACUUUUGCCACAACAAAUAUCUACUGACUUGAUUUAAUUUAAUUUAAUACUGAUUUAUUAAUUACCUAAUAGUGUAAUGAAAUGGAAUAACUAUAUUUUCAUAUUAACUACUAAUUAUUAUUAAUAACUACAUUUUAUAUUAAGGUCUCUUAAAAUGCCUUUUUCUCCCUAUAAAAGACCAAAGCAAAAAGUAAAAUGAAGCAUUAAGUACUGAAAAACAAGUUUCCUAGCUCAGUGGGAACACACAGCAUAUGUUCUCACUCUGAUUUUGACUUAGCAGCUCUCUGAAUGACAGCGUUGUGAUUACAUUUCACUGGGUUAAAUUUUUCAUUUAUUAUUCUUUUAACUCCUUAUUGACAUUUCAUUAUAGAAUCAUGUGGGAUAAAUUUGUUUUACUUUUUAAAAGCUAGAGUCAGUUUAAAUUUUUGAACAUAAAGGAAAUAGUGUUUUGUACCACCUUAAUACAGGUGCUGUAAUAAUUCUCAAAGUAGCUUUGUGAGAAGGUGAGAAUAUCUCCAUUUGAGAGCUGAACGGUUUUAGAAAAUCUUAAGUCAUUUACCCGGAGCUGUACAACUAGAAGUCUUGGAACAGGGAUUGCAACCUCAGUCUGUCCCAAACUUCUUUCUCAGGCUACUUAUCUAAUUUGAAGUUAUCUGAGUUAUUUGGUACUACUUGUACUUGUAUAGAUUACUAAAUUGUCAGAGUUUCAACAUGCAAAAUUUUGCUGAAGUUAUAUAAAAUUAUUGGACAACUUC